UCGUUUUUUCAAACCCAUUCAGCUCUAGCGAUUUGGCUCAGCAGCCCUUCAUCUCACUGUAGGGGAUGAAAGCGUCGGAUCAGUUCGCGACUCGCGAACCAGAACAGGCCCGAGUGGGAUCUCGAGGCCCGAGAUUAGUAAUCAACGAGAUGGUGAUGAGGAACUUCAAGUCUUACGCCGGCGAACAGCGCGUUGGUCCUUUUCACAAGAGUUUUUCUGCUGUGGUUGGGCCAAAUGGAAGUGGUAAGAGCAAUGUGAUAGAUGCCAUGCUUUUUGUAUUUGGGAAGAGAGCAAAGCAGAUGCGGCUUAAUAAAGUUUCAGAACUAAUUCACAAUUCAACUAAUCAUCAGAAUCUUGACAGUGCUGGUGUUUCUGUUCAUUUCCAGGAGAUUAUUGAUUUGGAUGAUGGGACUUAUGAAGCUGUUCCAGGAAGUGAAUUUGUUAUUACUCGGGUUGCAUUUCGGGAUAACUCCUCCAAAUAUUACAUCAAUAAAUGUACUAGUAACUUUACUGAAGUUACAAAGAAAUUGAAAGGGAAAGGAGUUGAUCUUGACAAUAACCGGUUUCUUAUUCUUCAGGGUGAGGUUGAGCAAAUUUCACUCAUGAAGCCAAAAGCACAAGGGCCUCAUGAUGAAGGUUUCCUCGAAUAUUUGGAGGACAUAAUAGGAACGAACAAAUAUGUUGAAAAGAUUGAAGAAUCAUCUAAGGAGUUAGAACGUCUCAGAAAACGAUCAAGUGUUGUGCAAAUGGUUAAAUUAUCAGAGAAAGAAAGAGAUAGCUUGGAGGAUGUUAAGAAUGAGGCAGAAGCUUACAUGUUGAAAGAGUUUUCUCUCUUGAAAUGGCAAGAGAAAGCUGCAAAAUUGGCUCAUGAAGAUACCAAAACAAAAAUGAAUGAACUACAGGAGAACUUGUCCAACUUAGAAGAAAUUUUGAAGAAUAAAAGGGAAGAGAUUAAGGGAAACAGUAAGUGGUUGAAGGAGCUUGAGUCUGUGCAUAACACUCACCUUGCAAGAAAAGAGGAACUUGAAAAUGAUUUGAGAACCUGUAAGGAAGAAUUCAAGGAGUUUGAAAGGCAGGAUGUCAAAUACAGGGAAGAUUUGAGGCAUAUGAAACAGAAGCUGAAGAAGCUAGAGGAUAAACUUGAAAAGGAUUCAUUAAAAAUUGAGGAUGUGACAAAGGACUGCGAAAACUCAAAAAAUCUUAUCCCAAAACUUGAAGAGAAGAUUCCAAAGCUUCAAAAGCUUUUGCUAGAUGAGGAGAAAGUCCUUGAUGAAAUGAAAGAGAACUUUAAAGUUGAAACUGAGAAAUAUCGUUCCGAGCUUUCGAAGGUUCGUGCUGAACUAGAACCUUGGGAGAAAGAGAUGAUCGUGCAUAAGGGAAAACUUGAAGUUGCUCACACUGAACGCAGCCUUCUAACUCAAAAGCAUGAAGCUGCUCAUACAGCUUUAAAGGACGCUCGAAAAGAGAUGGACAGCAUAUUGGGGAAAACUGAAACUAUGAAUGCUGCCAUUAAGGCUAAGCAAACUGACCUGGAGAAAAACAAGCUUGAAGCAUUGAAAGCCCGCAAAUUGGAACAGGAAUGCAUCAAAGAACAAGAUGCGCUGGUUCCUCUUGAACAAGCAGCAAGAGAGAAGUUUGCCGAACUGAAGUCGGUGCUCGAUUCUGAGAAGAGCCAGGGAUCCUCCAUUCUUUCAAACUAUCUUCUAUUAGCUCUUGCUAUGUUUUCUAGCUUCAGGGAGUAUUAGCUGGUACUCUCAAAGUAUGAUGUUGCCAUCUCAACUGCAUGUCCCGGACUUGAUUAUAUUGUUGUGGAAACCACCGCUGCAGCACAAGCAUGUGUUGAACUACUCCGUAGGGAGCAACUUGGUAUUGCGACAUUCAUGAUUCUGGAGAAGCAGGUUGAACUUUUAGAGAGGUCCAAGGAGAAAGUAAAACCCCCCGAGGGAGUUCCACGUCUCUAUGAUUUGAUCAAAGUUCAAGAUGAAAGAAUGAAACUUGCUUUCUAUGCAUCCCUGGGAAACACAGUUGUUGCAAAAGAUCUUGAUCAGGCAACACGUAUAGCUUAUGGUGGAAACAGAGAAUUUCAACGUGUUGUAACCCUUGAUGGUGCUCUUUUUGAAAGAUCCGGUACCAUGAGUGGUGGAGGAAGCAAGCCGCGUGGUGGUAAGAUGGGGACAUCUAUUCGAGCCAGCAGUGUGUCUAGGGAAACCGUUAUUGCUGCCGAGAAGGAGCUUGCUAAUAUGGUUGAUUCAUUAAAAGCCAUCAGGCAAAAAAUUGCUGAUGCAGUAAGCCGCUACCAAGCCUCAGAAAAAGUAGUCGCAGAGUUGGAGAUGGAGAUAGCUAAAAGCCUAAAAGAGGUUGACAGCUUCAAUUCAGAAUAUAAAUAUCUCGAAAAGCAACUUGAUUCCCUGGAAGCUGCAUCACGGCCAAAGCAAGAUGAAAUUGAUAGACUGGAGGAGCUUAAGAAGAUAAUUUCUACUGAAGAAAAAGAAAUUGAUAGACUCAUCCAAGGGUCAAAAAAGUUGAAGGAAAAGGCUUUGGAUCUGCAGAAUAAAAUAGAACAUGCUGGCGGUGAAAGGUUGAAAACGCAGAAGGCUAAGGUUGAAAAGAUACAAUCUGAUAUUGACAAGAAUAGCACAGAGAUCAACCGUCACAAGGUUCAAAUAGAGACGGGUGAGAAAAUGGUGAAGAAAUUAACAAAGGGGAUUGAGGAGUCAAAGAAGGAGAAAGAACGAAUCAUUGAGGGGAAGGAUAAGAUGCAGGGCGUGUUUAAAGAAAUAGAGCAGAAGGCAUUUACUGUUCAAGAGAAUUAUAAGAAAGUGCAGAAGGUAAUUGAUGAACAUGGAGAAGUACUGGAGAAGUCAAAAUCGGAAUACGAAAGAGUGAAAAAAGAUGUUGAUCAAUUGCGUGCAUCAGAGGUCGAUGCUGACUUCAAGUUGCAAGACAUGAAAAAGACGCAUAAGGAGUUAGAAAUGAAGGGGAAGGGCUACAAGAAAAAACUCAAUGAGUUGGAAACCAGUCUACAAAAGCAUAUGGAACAGAUACAGAAAGAUCUUGUAGAGACUGAAAAGCUUCAAGCAACUUUGGCUGGUGAGACCCUGACCGAGGCCUGUGACCUGAAAAGGGCCCUUGAAACGGUGACUUUACUGGAGACACAACUGAAGGAGAUGAAUCCCAACCUCGAUUCAAUCUCAGAAUAUCGACAAAAGGUAUCACUGUAUAACGAGCGAGUUGAGGAUCUUAACACAGCUACUCAACAGCGUGACGAUGUAAAGAAGCAGUAUGAUGAAUGGAGAAAGAAAAGGCUGGACGAGUUCAUGGCAGGAUUCAAUGCAAUAUCUUUGAAGUUAAAGGAAAUGUAUCAGAUGAUCACACUUGGAGGGGAUGCAGAGCUUGAACUAGUGGACUCUUUGGAUCCAUUCUCCGAAGGUGUUGUUUUCAGUGUUAGACCCCCAAAGAAGAGCUGGAAGAACAUUGCAAACUUAUCCGGCGGUGAAAAGACUCUCAGCUCGUUAGCUCUUGUUUUCGCUCUUCACCAUUACAAGCCAACCCCACUCUAUGUCAUGGAUGAAAUCGAUGCAGCACUAGACUUCAAGAAUGUUUCCAUCGUCGGACAUUACGUCAAGGAUCGGACAAAGGAUGCACAGUUUAUAAUCAUAAGCCUCAGGAAUAACAUGUUCGAGUUGGCCGAUCGACUUGUCGGAAUCUACAAAACCGAUAAUUGCACUAAGAGCAUCACCAUCGAUCCCAACAGUUUUGUGGUGGGCGAGCAAGCUGCAUGAUUCAAUGAGAUUGAUUCCUUUCCUAAUCUGUUUAUUCCAUAAUAUUAACCAAACUACAUCUAUUUAUAUAUAUAUAUCAUGUAUGAACUAUGAAC